UGAAAGGGAGAGAGAGAGAGAGAGAGAGAGAGAGAGAGAGAGAGAGAGAGAGAGAGACAGAGGAAGGGAGAGGAAAACAAACCAAAGACAGUGCAGCUCAGCUGAGGACUUGACAAAUGCUCAUCCAGCUGGUUUAAGGUUGUCCUCACUCACUCGGCAGUGAACGAGUGUCAGAAUGGAUUUCAUUUUGGUCGAGCAGCCGCCGAGCAGGAGCAGCUCUGUAGAUUACUAUCACUGCUUUUGGAUUAUUUCAGACACCGCUGCUGUGAUGAAUGGGGAUGACAGCAUGCAGAAAGGAAAAUGAACCUUGAUUCUCUGGAAAGCUCGAUCCAGAACGUGCUGUCGGAGCUGUACCCGCCCUUCGAGGCCACCGCCCCCACUCUUCUCAGCCAGCUCUUCCAAAUCAUUGAUAGUCGUUAUCGGGGAGAUGCCCUGCGGUGCCUACUGGACUUUCUGGUCCCAGCCAAGCACAUCUUAGACAGCGUGCAGCAGGCUGCAUGUGCUCAGUACUCUGAUGUACUCUUCCUGUGUGAGGGCUGGCCUCUGUGUUUGCGUGACCAAGUUGUCGUCAACCUCGCUCCCAUCGACCCCCUGCUACUGCAGCCUGGCGACUUUUACCUCCAGGUGGCGCCAUUCUGUGACCAAUCAGCUCGCAUCGUGGUCUGCAGCCUCCUGGAAGAGGAGGGGCUUAUAGUGGAAGUUGUCGAGGAGAACCCGAUCCCUGAAACUUCCUAUCCUUGUAUAUUCAGCCGUGACUGGUUAGAGGAGAUCAAUCAGGGCCGUCAUGGAACGCCUCUCAGGCAAUGCCUGCUCGCCACAGAGCAGGGUGUGGUGAGAUUACCAUGGGAACGGGUGGCCGUGCCUGAUUUUGUGGACGUGCCGCUGUGUGCUGGGAGUAGUAUGGCCUCUGCUCCUCCUUCGUAUCCUCCUUUACCACCUCCGCUUCCGCCACCUCUUCCUCACUUUCCUGAGAAUUCUUCUUCAAAUCGUUCAUUUCCUCUUCCUCCCUCAAAGGAAUCUGCACCAAAACAAUAUCCUGUAACCAAUCAAAAUUCUAUUUUAUCAUCUUCUUCUCAUCCCUCUGCCUACUCUGUGGAGACCAGAAUAUGUCCAGCGAGGCACGGCAUUGCUGUGUCACUCUGCCUGGUGGAUACUAGCGCUGUUUCUUCCUCUAGGCUGGUCAAAGUGAAAGAGACAGAAACUGAGCCUAAGCCUAUUGGCUGGGUGUCCCCUAAUAUGUGGGACAGCUGCUUUACUGGGACAGAUCCAAAAACAGCUUCAAAAACAAGCUCUGUUUCAGGUACUCCUGCAAGGGGAGAUACAGCUGCGUUCAAAGGUGAAGAUAAGGUUGUAAUUGUUUCUGAUCAUUCUGGGUCAGAUAAACAUAAAGAUACAAACAUUAAAGAUAUAAGCAGGAGAGGACCAGCUGCUGAGGAAAGGGAAUAUAUUGAUAUUCUUCAGGCAACUAUGCUUUUUAGUAGAGCUCAGUCAGCAACUGAAGAACAACAGAAAUUAGAAGUGCAAAUGCAACCGCACACACAAAUGGAACCACAAAUGCAAAGACAUCCACACAGACGAGCACAAAUGGAGUCGCACAGGCAAACAUGGAGUCAGCCACAGAUACCACCUCAAGCACAGUCACAAGCACAUGUGCAGUUACUUACAAAACCACAAACACAAAGUCAUUCUAGAUCAGAGGCUGCUGCAUUAUUAAGGCCCAACGUGUCUGCAGAAGCGACUCUGCACCAUUCCCAAUCCCAUCACCCUCACCCUGACUCCCCUGAAGCUUCUCAGUGUGUCCGGUUCCCAGAGAAACCCUGUACCCCGUGCAUGAGGAGAAGACAAGGCGGAGAGGCUUCCAGAGCUCAGGAUCUGAGGUGUCGAUACAGGGACUCCUACCAGGCUGCUAUAAAAAACCCUGUCACCUUUGCACAGGAGAAGGAGAGGGGGAAUAUGUUAGCUGUGUUGGAGGAGGAUGGAGAUUUCUCACAGUUCGAUGACAGACUACCAAAGACUGAAACAGGGGAUCCGUGGUGUAAUGUUCAAGCAAUGUGGUUUGAUCCUGCGAUGCAACAGCAGCCUUCUUCCUCGGUCAGUGGAGCCAUCUGUGAGGAGUCGGGAGAAAAGAACGCUGUUCCAUAUUGGAAAACAGGAGAUACAAACGCUGCCCCCUGUAUGGACUAUAGGGUGACGAAUGUUUUAAAAUGUGGUGGGCUACCAGAACAACCCACUCUGCCAUUUAGGGAACCAAGGGAUAGGGCUCACUCUGCCAAAACCUAUGGCAAUUCACACAAUGUAAACGGGACAAAUUCAGCAGCGGGAGCGAGGAUAAACAAUAAUAGAGCUUUGUCGAGUUUAAAUGAUCCGUCAGAUGGCAUUUCCGCCAAACACGGCGGAUUACCGUUUACUACGACUGAAAUUUCUGCGAUGAACAUGAACAUGACCCUCAAGCCUCGUGAAAGGCUACAAAGCAGAACCUAUUCCUCGGGAGUGAGUGCAAGCUUUCCUCUGUCAGCGCAACAGAACAGACCAGAGUCCGUGUCCGAUGGAAGGUGUUCAUCCCUCUCCACAGCUGUGGUGGACACCUCAGAGAAGUGUGCGCUGGUCAUUGUUGAAGGUCAAAAUGUUCGGAGAAGAGAAAAUUCUGGCUCCUGUGCAAAGAUUCCCCAGCUGCAUGUGGUGAAGUGUAAAAACAGCACAGCCUUUGGACUAGUUUCACCUAAAAUCAACAGGAAGAUGACCAUUGCAGAUGCUGCUCAGCCUGGCUGUGCGUUCAUCAGCAGUAGAAAUGACCGUCAGACGGAGAAGCCGUCACAGACGGAUCCUGCUCCAGCAGCAGAGAAACAGAAGAUCUUCCAGCCCGCCUCUACUCGUCCCAGACCUGACCACCUUCCCCUGGGAUCCCCAGACCCCAGAGCCCACCCUCUCUACUUAGGAGUGGCAGCUCUCACAGGCGGCAGAGACAGGACAGGCAGAGCAAUAGUUGAGCUCUAUGGACAUCACAAGGGAUGGAGAUCAGCUGUAACGAGCCAGGAGCUCUUCCAGAUGCUGCUCUACUUCCGCACUAUCACCAGGAGAGAAAUCAGAGAAGCUGGGAUGACGCUAAUUUUUGAUUCAAGGAAGACAAACCCUCAGCCGCAGCUCUAUAAGGCCUUGAUGACGCUUCAGGAGCUGACUCCGCAGGCAGUAAACAGUUUUGUGCUGCUGGUGGACAAGGAGAGCCGCCUUCUGCCAGAGAGGUGUCCCGGCAUCCAGCAGACUGAAGUGGUGACGUCGAUGAAGGCCUUGUUCAAGCUGGUGGAGGUGAGUCAGCUGAGCUCCCGCCUGGAUGGCACAAUGUCUCACAGCCACUGUGACUGGGUAGAGCUGAACCAGAAACUCUUCCCAUUCGUGUCUGAUCUUCAUGAGGCGUCCAGCCUUCUUCUGAGAGCCAUCAGUAAGUUAGAGGAGCCCCAGAGGACAGACACUGUACAGACUGUGCAGCAGUGCAUGGUGGACCAGAGGACUCUGAUGAGGAAUGUCCUGGAGGACAGCCGAUUGGUCAGCCUGCAGAGGGAGGGCGGGGCCAUCCUGGCGAGGCUGAGGAAGGAGAGUGACCUUAAAUACCCCCACUGCGAGGAUCUCAGUGACGCAGUGGACUCGGUGACCAGCCUGUACAACCACGUGGAGGAGCAGGCUCACGUCCUCGUGCAGAGGUCCAACAUGUCAGUGGAACACCUGGAGUAUCUGCUGCAACUCAGAGAGUUGGAGGGACACUUCAUGCAGAUGCAACAGUGGUUUAAUGUAGAGGGAGAGCGCCACCUGCCGGAGGCUGGAUCAGUCGAGGACUCUGGAGACCAAAUGGAGCAGAUCCUCAACCGCUUCACUGGUUUCCUUAUUGAAGCUAAUGACCGAAGACACCACGCCAUGACGCUCGUGUCAGAGGCAGAGAGACUCCAGCAGAUUGGGUUCUCCUACCCAGAGACGGAGGCUUUCGGCACUCUAGUCUGCACCUUCAAGUCGGGCCUGGAGGACUUUCUGUGCAGGGCAGAGGCAUGCGGCAGGGAGCUGCAGAUCAUGGUCAACGUGUGUGAUUUUUGUGAGCAGGCUAAAACUCUGGCCAGGGAAUGCAUUGAGCACCUGGACCAGACUCAAUCCAGAAUCCACACAAUGCUGGACCAUGACCAGAAUACAGCACCUGUCAAGCAAACAUACACUCAACCAAUACAACACAGAAACCGAGACUCCGGACCGAGCCUGUCUGAUGUCCACGCAGCUCACGCAUUAGACCCAACCACCGCUAGUGUUUUACUGUCAAGCAGUGACACCUCCAUCCUCCAGACUUUCCAAGACAAGUUCCUCCAGUUCAGCCCAGAAAGAUUUCAGGAGGUGAAGGCCCAGGCCAGCGCCCUGCGGGGCUCCAGGGGGAUGCAGGUCUGGAACAUAGCCUGGCUGAGAUGCCAGGAGGCAAAGCAGCAGCUUCAGGAGAGGAUGCAGGAAGUGGACGAGGUUUUCCUACCAGCAGACAGACUCAAGCAGCUUACUCCGUCCGCCGGUGGCCAGAGUCUGGUGGUACAAUCAACGCCCGGGCCUAGUCACCCGCAGUGGGAGGGCAUCGUGUCGGGAGCGGUGGAUUUAGGGAAGAGGAGGCCGAUCCUGGGCAGCAACAACACAAACUCAACAACUCGACGCCAGGGUCAUCCACUCCUCCAGAGCAGCGGGUUCGAUCCCCGUCGUCCUGCUCCCACCACUGGUCAGCCGUCUUGUCGAAUCCUCCAGGAGGCUCAGAAGUUCCAGAUCUCCCGACACGGGAGCUUCUGCUCCGAAGACUCCUGUAUGAGCGACCGGGGGGCUGCAGGGGGUAACGGGACUUCAUGCUGCAAACACUCCAGCCUGCCCAUCGGGAGAUAUGAGGGGGCCUUUGGUUUGGCAAAUCCGCAGGAGAGUGCCAGCAGUGCCCUGAGACUGCAGCGUGUCCUGGAGGAGCUGGUGUUCACAGAAAGGGAGUAUGUCCGCUCACUGGGCUACAUCCUGACCCACUACCUCCCCCUGCUGGACAGACCACACAUCCCCCAGGACCUCCGGGGCAAGCGAGGUGUCAUUUUUGGUAACCUGGAGAAGCUUUACGACUUCCACAACCACUACUUCCUGCCAGAGCUGGAGGCCUGCCAGAGGGAGCCCGCCAUGGUGGCUCGCUGCUUUCUCAGACAUAGCGAGAGUUUUGGCCUGUACGCUCUGUACAGUAAGAACAAGCCUCUGUCAGACGCCCUGAUCCUCUACCGGCGCCAUGACAUCUUCAAGAAGAAGCAGCAGGAGCUGGGCGACAUGAUGGACCUUUCAUCCUACCUGCUGAGGCCCAUCCAGAGGAUCAGCAAGUACAGCCUCCUGCUGCAGGACAUGCUGGCUCUGGCUGGCUCACACAGGCCAAAAGACAUGAUCCAGGAUACACUGCUCGCAUCUAGUGUGUGUGCGCAAAGUGUGUGUGGCCCGGUUUCCUUUGUGCCUGAUCUCACGAGCAGGGAGAGAGAGCGAGAGAGGGCUGAGAUCCAAGCUGCUGCAGACCUGGUUCGGUUUCAGAUGCGUCACGGCAACGAUUUGCUCACCAUGGACGCCAUCCAGGAGUGUGAUGUGAAUUUAAAAGAGCAGGGCCAGCUGAUUCGCCAGGACGAGUUCACAGUUUUCUUCCGAAAGAAGAAAUGUGUCCGCCGCAUCUUUCUCUUUGAAGAUCUCAUCCUCUUCAGCAAGACCAAGAGGACCGAUAUUGGCAACGAUGUUUAUGUCUACAAGCAGUCAUUCAAGACGAGCGACAUCGGGAUGACCCACAACUCAAGUGUGAGUGGCUUGUGUUUUGAGAUCUGGUUCCGCAGGAGAAAAAGCGGGGACACCUACACCCUGAAGGCCUCCAGCAUGGAGGUGAAGAAAGCCUGGACUACCGACCUGGAGAUGAUUCUGUGGGAUCAGGCCGCUCACAGCAGAGAGCUGCGUAUGCAGGAGAGGGUGUUCAUGGGAAUGGGCCGCAAACCUUUCAUGGACAUUCAACCUAGCGAUGCUGCCAUCUGUGAUCGAGCCGUCAGCUGCGCCCUGCCCGGGAGAAUCCCAGUGGCAUGUUGUUCACACAGGAGUGUAUCCAUCUUAGAGUAUCCACGACCACACUCCAUUGGCUCUGGCAGCACCGCCUCCACCACCCUCAGCCAAUCAUCCUCCUCUUCUGGCCGGGGCUCGCUGCCCCCUGCUGGUUAUCCCGGGAACCAGUCACAGGGGGUGGAGACCGGUCCUGCUGUCUGCUCCUCCCCUGAGGCUGUGACUGAAAAUGAACUCAACAAUCAGCAUCUUCAUCAGCAUCAUCUUCAUCGUAACUGUGAAGAAUGGAAAAGUCAUCAUCCGCUGAUGGACAGCACAUCAUCAUCUGCAGAACACAUCAACCUCUUCAGCAGCUCCGACCGCAGCUGCCUGUCUGCUAUUGGUGGAGAGGUAGUGGACGACUCCUCCUCGAUUGAGUUCCAGAGUUCAAUUACCCGCCCACCACUUUGUCGGACCCCCAGCCUGAGGAGAGACAGCUCACCAGCAAUUACCAGAAAGAAACCAGGUGUCGCCCCCAAACCUCCACCUCUGGCUAAUGCUCAGCUACAGGGUGAUGACAUUAUAAUCGGAAAAUCAACAGAGGUUUAACCCUGGAUUUCAUGCAGAAGAUCAUCGUUCUACUGAAGCUGCUCAGUCCUGCUGGAGAUCCUCUGGCUGCUCUGCAGACGGACAGUUUAUCUGAGUGAACAAAGUUAUUUUAUGUGGCUACACAGUCAGUCAGGCAGUCAGCUUUGUCUGGUCAUGAGGUUUUUAAUGAUUUAUUGAACCAGUUGAGGUUUGGUGUGUUGGUACCAUAUGUCAGUCAUUCACAUGUGGUUGUCCUAUAUCACGUUAUAUAUAAUAAUAACCGCGAAAGAAAGAAGAAGAGGCUGCCACAUGGAUGAUGUUGUUGACAGAGUCAUCAUGUACACACACACACACACACACACACACACACACACACACACACACACACUAUUUUGAGGGAUCUUCUGUACUGUACAGCCUGGACAGUUAUUAAUUUGUAGGGAUCAAAGAGUGUUGUAUAUAUUAUCUUCAUGGAAAUGAACAGCUUGUGGAACAAACACAGGACCAGCAUCGCCACACACGUGGGAGACCCCUUCAGGUGUAUCGCUCCGUGUUUCAUUCUGCUUUUCAUUUCUUAGCGGGCAGUUGAAUACUCGAUUCUGAUUGGUCAAUUUCGACAUUCUACGGUCUGUUAUUUCUGUAUAGCAGACAUAAAGACCUAAAGACGCUCUGGUCAUGGACACCUUCAAUCAUUUCAAUCCGCAGAAACAAGUCCGGUAGAGUUAACAACGUCAGCUGUGGCCAAAAAACAAACAUUUGUUUUCCGUUCCUCCUUCAGAAAACACCAUGGAAUAUUUGUUCAAUAUUCAUUUGUAUAUAUGUGGAGGAAACAGUCAUGAUGGCUGAACUGUCCCCAGUAAAGAAGAGAACAAGAGAACAAGAACAGAAAACAGCGCAGAAAAAGCGAAAGAGGUUAAAAGGCACAGAGCUGGCCGCGUCGGGGUCCUGCUCACCCUGUCGGGCUUCAUUUUGCAAUAAUGAGCGGCUCGUGCACAUUAUCCCUUACUUAUUCUCUCGACAGCUGGACAACGUUGUUUUGGUUACAAGUACACAAUAGGAAACUUAAUGGAGUCCAAGAGCAAAGCUAUCCUGUGGCCAUAAGCCCAGCACUCGCUGAAUAUACACACUUGAAGUUGAUUGCCAUAAAUGGAGAAGGAUACGAUAUGCUGAAGUAAAAAGGAUUUGAUAAUGUAUUAUUUAAUAUAGAAGUACUUAAUAUAUAAAGAUAUUUGUUUUUCUCCUACACCAUGAGGGUUCCCUGUUAACUCAUUUUGGGCCUCUUUUUUUUUACGACUGCCGUUUGGUAAACAUUUGUUUGUAUCUUUCUGGCUCUGUGAUUCUUACAGUAGUCUGUAUUUAAUAAGUUAUCAGAAGGGACAUACCACUUGCUUAUGUGCUUUCACAUCUGGAUUUGAAUUACUCUGUAAGCCGUUCAUUUGAUACAGAGAGAAAAGAUCUUGAAGGACUUCCAGGCAGAAACCACUUACUGUUAUUUAGGGUCCACUAAUGGUUACGUACUGAUCAAUGUUCCAGCUACAUCCUCAUGAAGAUGACCAUUACAGAAAAGUAUUGUUCAGAUUAUUUAGUAAAAAGUUAUUGAUGAAACGUGUCAUUGUUUUAUAAGGUCAGGAAACAAAAUCAUGACAGGUUGUUGAUAAACUGAGGUGAUAAUGUUUGUUCAGAGCCACUAACUUUGUGUGACUUGGCAGAUCCAUGUUUUUUUGUAUUGCUUACUUGCUUGCUUCCAAGCUUUUGUUCAUUCAUUCAGUUAUUUCCGUAUUCAAAUGUGAGGUCAGUGUAUUUGUUGUUUUCUUUCUUCUUCUGUUUUUUUUAAAGAUAAAGUAUCAUAUUGUGUGGUUUCUCCCCUUUGAACUGUGGCCAGACAGACCUCAGCAACAUGAGGAUGUCAUCAGACUGAUGAUGUUUCACUUCCUUAUUCCACAGACACAUAAUUCCUCAGAGGGACUGCAGACACAUUGCAAAAGGUUUCAUUUCCCCGUGCGCAGAUUUUAGUCUGAUGAAAAGCACGCAUUCAAGUUGCGGUUUCAUGACUUAUGUUUAACUUCCUUCAGUAACUCAAUAGUGUAAAAGUGAAAGUCUCACUAUGUGACCUGGGAGAAAUGUGUGCCUUGCAAAAGAAAAAAACAGUUUACUGUAUGAUGUGUAAUUUCAUGUUUUACAUUAUAGAAUUGAAUUAAUCCGUUUUUGAUUCAUUUUGAAUUAUAACAUUUUGUUUAUGUUGAAUCAUUAUACUAAUUUACAGUAUGUUGCAGCGACGAAAAAAUGGCAUAAAUAAUUUAUGAAAAA